AUUCCGGGAGGAUUGAGCAGGCAGCUGCGACAUACAGCUCUUACGAUCCUAUAAUUUAAUUGUAGGGGCUGAUAUUACAUGGUGUACGGGUGAAAGGUUCUAUCUCGCUCCGCCUCAUGGAUGCCGGAAAUUUUCCGCUUCUUCCGAGUAAGAUGGCAGCGUCCUUAUUUGAGAAGCGUGAGUUUAAUGGUGAAGCUACGAAUAGUUGUAGACUGGCACAUUCUUAUACUAGUUUAUAGUGAAGCAGUUGGUGGUUACAGCUACCUGGAGUCCUUGAGACAUACCAUGUCUCGACUAAUCGUAAAGAACCUCCCGAACGGGAUGAAAGAAGAUCGAUUCCGGAAGAUGUUUGCAGAUUUUGGAACUUUGACUGAUUGCAGCUUAAAGUACACAAAGGAUGGAAAGUUUCGCAAAUUUGGAUUUGUUGGUUUCCAGACUGAAGCAGCGGCUCAAGAGGCUUUGAAACACUUCCAUAAAAGUUUUGUGGAUACAGCAAGAAUCACAGUAGAGUUUUGUAAGUCGCUUGGAGAUCUGUCUGAAAGCCGAGCAUGGAGUAAGCACUCUCGGAAAAUGCAACCGGAAGGACAGAAGUCAAAAAAACUUACACAGAAGGAACAGGAUGCUUUGGUACCAAAGUCGGUGAAGUCUAAGAAGAAUGUUCCUACAGUCCUGAAGGAGCUAGAGGAAGAUGAGAAAUUCAAUGAGUUUUUGGCUGUCCACAAACAUCGGACCCAAGCUCCCACCUGGGCAAAUGACACCCUAGCAGCAGAGGGGCAAAAGAGACAGCAGAAGCAGCGGGCAGAUGAUUAUUUGAACUUCGAUUCUGAUGAAUCAGAAGAUCUAAGUGAGGAUGAGGAAUCAGAAGGAAGUGCAAAAGAAGAAGAGACUGAUGAUAAGGAAACAAAAACAAACAGGCCACGCAAACAGGUAAGUACUGCUCUGAAGAAAGAUCUUUCAGACAUGCAAUAUCUAAGGUCUAAAAUUGUCAAGGAGUCCAAGAAGGAGGAGGAGGAACGUUCAACGGCGGAAAGUGAUGAAGAUUUGGAAAGCAGUAUGGAAGAUGAUGAAAAACUGCAGAGGCAAGGAGUGACUAAAUCAGCACAGACACAUACUGACAGUGACUAUGAGAGUGAAGAAAUAGAGGGUGGAGGAGGAGAGGUCAAAAAGCAAGGACUGUUGUCCAAGGGCAAGAAGAAGAUGAACACACCCAAGCAGGAUGCUGUAAACAAGAAUCAGCCAACAACACCAUAUACUAUAAAAUUACGAGGUGCACCUUUUAAUGUGAAAGAGCAAGAUGUAAAGGAAUUCUUUGCACCGCUGAAACUUGAGGCAAUCAGAAUAAUCAGAAACAAGCAUGGUAAUAAAACAGGUCCAUUAUCAGACAUCCAUUUUCCCAUUGACAAUCUUACUAAAAAGCCCAAAGGAUUUGCCUUUAUUACUUACAUGAUACCUGAACAUGCUGUUAAGGCAUAUGCAGCCUUGGAUGGGGCUGUGAUGCAGGGAAGGGUAAUGCAUGUUAUGCCAUCAACGAUUAAGAAGGAACAACCUGAUGGAAAUCAAGAUGUGCCAGGAUCCUCCUCCUAUAAAAUGCAGAAAGCAUCAAAAGAAAAAGCAAACAGUGCCAGUACUCACAACUGGAACACCCUGUUCAUGGGCACCAAUGCUGUGGCUGAUGCAAUCGCACAGAAAUACAGCACAACAAAAGGCAAAGUUUUGGACCAUGAAGGCAAAGGCAGUGUUGCUGUAAGGAUGGCCUUGGGAGAAACUGAGCUUGUACAGGAGACCAGACAAUUCCUGAUUAAUAAUGGUGUAUGCCUGGAUGCUUUCAGCCAGGCAGCAGCUGAACGCAGUAAGAUGGUGAUUCUUGUAAAGAAUCUCCCAGCAGGUACUGAAUCAGGAGAGCUGGAGAAAGUUUUUAGCAAAUAUGGAGACUUGGGUCGUGUUGUUCUACCACCAGCAGGCAUUACGGCCAUAGUAGAAUUUUUGGAGCCUACUGAAGCAAAGCUUGCCUUCUCAAAACUGGCUUACUCCAAGUUUCAUCAUGUACCUCUUUAUUUGGAAUGGGCACCAACUGGAGUCUUUAUAUCAUGUGUAGAAAAGAAAGAAAAACAAAGAACUGCACUCCCAGAAGAAGGAGACAAAGAUCUGCAGGAGAGUAAAGAAGAGAAUCUUGAGGAAGAAAGUGAAGAAGAAGAAGAAACUGUACCAGGACGUACCUUAUUUAUUAAAAAUCUCAACUUCUCGACUACAGAAGAAAGCCUUAGAGAAACAUUUUCAAAAAUUGGAAAAGUAAAAAGUUGUUCCAUCUCAAAGAAGAAAGACAAGACUGGUGCCUUGCUGUCCAUGGGUUAUGGCUUUGUGGAGUAUAAACGACCAGAACAUAUGCAGAAAGCAAUGAAACUGCUGCAGCACUGUACUGUUGAUGGUCAUCGGCUUGAGUUGAAAAUAUCAGAACGGGCCACAAAAUCUGCUGUGGCUCCAUCCAGAAAGAAACAAACCGCAAAGAAACAAACCAGUUCAAAGAUCUUGGUACGAAAUGUUCCUUUCCAGGCAACUGUUAGAGAGAUUCGUGAGCUGUUCAGCACUUUUGGAGAGUUGAAGACAGUACGUCUGCCGAAGAAAAUGAGUGGAACAGGUUCCCACAGAGGGUUUGCAUUUGUGGACUUUCUCACCAAGCAGGAUGCAAAGAAAGCAUUUACAGCGCUGUGCCACAGCACCCAUCUGUACGGGAGGAGGCUUGUUCUGGAGUGGGCAGAUUCAGAAGAGUCUGUCGAGGCCUUGAGAAGGAAAACUGCAGAGCAUUUUCAUGAGACUCCAAAGAAAAGGAAGAAAAGAUCAGACAUCUUGGAAGAAAUAGUGGAGCAGCUUGACGAAGAAGAGGAUGAAAACUAGAAUUCUGUGAUUUUUAUUCUGUGAAGAAGACUGCUGGGAAUAAAUGGAAUCCACUUCAGGAUUCAUGAACUUUUUAGAAUUUGUAACUGACUUUUUUAUAUGAAAUGGAUCACUGAUCUAGUCACCGAAUGGACAGUGUGUUUUAUGCUGCGCAGUUAAAAACACCGUUCAUGCAGUGAUAUUUUUACAACACACGUUUACAUGGCAGUUAGAAGGUAAUGGACAAGGGAGAAGUAAUUACUGUGCCAGUGUGUGACAGAAAAAUGCUGUGGGACCUAGCAGCUUCGUAAAGAUGCCAUCCUUCGAUGGUUACGUGCCGUAAAAUUCCCAAGGGGAAUAAUGUUAGCAUGAAAAUGUUCCUGACUGGGGGUGCACCCACAGAAAUGCUAUUAAUUUUACUUUAGUAUUGGAGGUGUAAACUCCACCUUCCAUGAUCAUGUAAGACAUACAGAUUUUAAAUACUGUGGCUGAGAUACAGAGCAUAUAUUUACAUAGUUAUUUUAUAUUGUCUUGGCUGAGGAGACAUUUGAAGUGGUAUCAUAAGUCUCACCCUUGAAAAUAUUAGCCCUGCUUUCUUCUAGAUCUUUGUCACUGGCAUUCAUUAUUUCUAGGGGCUACAGUAUAUUGUGAUUUUUUUUUUUCAGGUUGUUUUACUUAUAAAGAUUCGCUGUUUUGCUGCCUCAAGUAAUCCUUAUGACAGUAAUGUUUUCUUACAAGAGACCAUUAUACUUUGUACAACAGAACGUUAAUGUUUUUUAUUAUCAUAUUUUAAUGUACAUGAAACUGUAAAAUAAAUAGUUCAGCUGCAGUACUGCUGAACAUUUUGUAAAAUGA